AUGGAUUCGUACCAAGCGCAGCAGCGGUACAUGCGGCCGCAGCCACCGGCCACGUCGGAUCCCUACCAAUACCAGCAACAGCAGCAGCAGCAGCAACCGAGACCACAGUGGUACUCGAACCACUUCCAGUACCCGUCGCCUCAACAACCCCAGUGGGCUCCACCACCUCGGGCCGACCAUCUCCCUCCGCCAGGUUCUUAUCCUCCGCCGCCCCUUCCUCACCCUUAUCCUCCUCCGUACCCCCCCAACCACCACUUUCCUCCUCCUCCUCCCCCAUCUCGGCCUCACCUGCCUUCUCACCUCCCUACCCCUCCGCCCAUUCCUCCUCCACCUCACUCUUAUCCUCAGCACACCCAGGAGUGGGGAGCUGCUCCAAGUUGGCCAAACAACCAAGGUUGGGAUUACCCAGCCCAUAAUAAUCAAGAAGAUUGGGAAGCCAAGGCUAAGGCAUGGGUAGAUGCGAGGGCGUCAAUGGAGAAUCAACAUCAACAGUUGCAGUUUCCUCCGGCAGGCAGACUAGAAGAGCAAAGUCAUUAUCAUGAUCAGUAUCCCCAGAACGUUGAUUCUCAUUAUUCUGGUACUCAGCAUCAGUCACUUUCUGCAUCCAGCUAUCAACAGGUUCCAGUUUCAGGUACUCCAACACACCAGCCACCGGGAAUUCGUCCCCAGGAGACUUCAUCUUCCUAUGCUCAUCAUGCUGUUAGAGAUGGAAUGCCAGCUGUGGACACAAAUUCUGUGUUUCAUCGACAAGGAAACCUAUCUGCUAGUCCAUCUGUUCAUCAGCAGGAGGUACCUUCUAGUUAUUCUUCUGUUACAGGCAAUGAAGGUUCUGCAGCUCAGGAAGAACAAUAUCACAUGCAACCAUCACAGCCAAUGCCCUUUGCAUAUGGCAGUCAGUCUGCUGACCCAACAACCAAUCUUGCUGACCAGCCUUUAGAGUUUGCACCCGGGUUUAAUUCUGAUCAUGGUCUACACCUGCAGCCCAGCUAUUCUUAUCAUGACCCUGCUACCACAGUGCCUUCCAUGAAUACCUGGUCUACUUCUGUUGCACCUGGUGUAGUUUAUCCCUCUAGUCUUCCAGUUCCAUCAGGACCACAGCAUGAUCCUUCCAUGGCAAUACCCUCUCCUGUUCCUGGGCAUGCUCCAUCUUCAUUUGGCAGUUUUCCUGGACUGAGCCUCCAGCCAACAAUUCCAUCUGCUGGUCCCCCCUUUGGUCUCACUGCAGGAACUGCAGUUCACCCAACUGCAGCCUUCCCUGGUGAUGCAUAUGGAGUUUCUACAGUUUCUGAGCGCCCCAAAAAGGCUUCAGUGCCUAAUUGGCUUAGAGAGGAAAUUAAGAAAGCAGUCAUCACAAGUUCAUCUAUGGACCAUCCUAAGGAGGAGAUGCAAUCCAUUGAGGAUGAAGGAGUUGAUAGAUCUUUUGGGAAGGGAGAUCAAGCUGAUAGCAAGAGCAUUGAUUCUUCUAGAUCAACUGAAGAAGAGGAUGAUGAGGAUCAAGUGGAAGCAGCUAGGACUGCAGCAAUUAACCAGGAAAUAAAGCGUGUUCUUACUGAAGUUCUCUUAAAGGUUACUGAUGAUCUGUUUGAUGAAAUUGCCACAAAAGUUCUUACUGAAGAUGAUCUGACACUUGAAGUUGAACAGAGCACACUGACUUCAAACCAUAAGUUAUUGCCAUCUCCCCCAGCAGUUUCAGCUCUCAAGGCUUCUGCAAAGGUUCUAAUUCCAGCCAAGUCUAAGGAAUCUGAGACUGAAGAUGUCAGUGAAAAAUCCAGUUCCAGUUCACCUGGUAAUGUGUUAGGUCUUGAAAAUUAUGCAAGUGAUGAUGACGAUGUAGAUGGUGAUAUUCAGAGUUCUGUUAUGCCAAAUUCUGGGAAAGAUGCUAUUCUUCAGCACUCAACUGUCAAAAAGCCUUCAAAUGUUAGGCAGGAUGCCACUACAAAUGACAGUUCUUUGGUAGGGCUUGAAGAGCACGGUAGAAGUCAGACAAUUUUAGAGAAUGAUCUGGGAAAAACCAGUUCACUUGAGUCCAAAUAUAACAACAGUGCUGCUAUUAGUGAUAUUAGUUAUAAUAGACAAAAGAAUGUUGAAAGUAAUGCCGAUAAAAAUCUGCCAGAUGGAACUACUGCCUCUAGGCUGAAGGAUACUGUAGGCACAUUGAAACCUGACCUCCAUAAAGAAAAUGUCAAUGUCAAAAAAACAUCAAAAGAUGACUCACAAGGUAGGGAGUCCAGGAUGAAACCUGAUAAGCAUGAUCGACAUGAGAGUAAAAAUAGUUCUGUGAUGGACUUCAGUAAGGACUUAGAGAGUGGUAAGAUUAGGACAGUUGAGAAGGGUGAUGGGAAUCGUAGGGGGCAUGAUGAGAGGCAUUCGAGAAAGGAAAGGACAGAUGAUCGGAAUGGCUCAAGAGAAAAGGUGAAGGAGCAAAGUCUUAAGCCUGUAGAAAAAGCACAGGAAUCUGAAUCAAGAAAAAGAUCUUCCCAUGCUGAUGACAAAGAGGAUAGAAGAGAAACAGAGAGACUCCAUAGCUCUAGUGCUAAAGAAGAUAACAACAGGAAAAGAGAACAGGCAAAGGAUAAAGAGGAUGAUAGAUCAAGGCGUAAACAUUCUACUGACUCAAGCAGGCACAAGAGAAGGCGCUCCUCUUCUGUUGGCAGUAGGGGUAGAAACAGCAAGGACAACUUGGUUAAUCAUGCCAAUGAUUCAAGUGAUGAAGCUUCUGAUGAUUCUAAAAGGAAGCACUCAAGGAGACGUAACUUAUCACCAUCACCUGUCAGGUCUAGGAGAAGCAUUCUCGUUCCUGUUGAGGGGAAGAAGGUCAAGGUCCAGAUCACCUGUACGGCGGCAGAGAUGAUUGGAGCAAUGGUCCACCAACGAUUAAGAGCUAGACUUAUGUUCGUUAGUGGUCUGAAGACUGAUGAGCGCUGGAACCGAGUUUCACAACAAAGCCGUCCCGAGGAGAAAGGCAUGCACGACAGCUUUGAGGCCGAUGGGUGA